CCAAGCCUGCCGGCGCCGGACGACGUCCUCCCCACUGCCACCCGGGCGCCGGGCCGGGGCGGGGUUUAGUUGCGCCAUCGUCAGGCGCCGGUAGCGGGAGGCGGCGGCGAUGGCGGUUACCCGCGCCGGGCUCCGGACGCUGUGGCCCCGCGUAUUUCUUAGCGGCGGCCCGGGCUUGUGCCCCCGCCCUGCGUCAUCAAAUACCAGCGAUGAGUUCUUGAAAGAAAAGCGUGCUCAAAUCAUGUCUCGAGGACUUCCAAAACAAAAGCCAAUAGAAGGAGUUAAGCAGGUCCUGGUUUUGGCUUCUGGUAAAGGUGGAGUUGGAAAGUCAACAACAGCAGUAAACAUAGCCCUUGCAUUAGCAGCAAAUGACUCGACAAAAUCAGUUGGUUUGCUUGAUGCAGAUGUAUAUGGGCCUUCAAUUCCAAGGAUGAUGAAUUUGAAAGGAAAUCCAGAAUUAACUUCACAAAAUUUAAUGAGGCCUCUUAAGAAUUAUGGAAUUGAAUGCAUGUCUAUGGGUUUCUUGGUAGAAGAAACUGUGCCAGUUGUUUGGAGGGGACUCAUGGUCAUGUCUGCGAUAGAGAAACUGUUGAGGCAGGUAGAGUGGGGCCAACUGGAUUAUCUAGUAAUUGACAUGCCACCUGGAACAGGAGAUGUACAGUUAUCAGUCUCUCAGAAUAUUCCAAUUGCAGGAGCUGUAAUUGUUUCCACUCCACAAGACAUUGCUUUAUUGGAUGCACGCAAAGGAGCUGAGAUGUUUCGAAAAGUCCAUGUGCCUGUUUUGGGACUUGUCCAAAAUAUGAGUGUUUUCCAGUGUCCAAAAUGUAAACACGAGACCCAUAUUUUUGGCGCAGAUGGUGUAAGAGACCUAGCAAAAACGCUUGGACUCGAUGUUUUAGGAGACAUUCCACUGGAUGUUAAUAUAAGAAAGACAUGUGAUACAGGCCAGCCAAUUGUGGUCUCGGAACCUCAGAGUGAUAUGGCCAAAGCCUAUCUGCGGAUAGCUACGGAAAUAAGAAGAAGAUUACCAACACCUCCAGGAUGAACUGUUCAUCUAAGGGAUAUACGAUUAGAACUUUUAAUAAAGUGAUCUUUCAGUGUAAGCAGUGGUAGAACAAGUGGCAGAAAUAUGUAAUUAUACAUAUUAUGUUGUAUUUGUAAGAAAUACAAUUCUGUUUCCUUUGGACUGACAAAAUCCCUCCUUUGGAUGUCCUCCGUUUUAAUAUGGAACACCAGCCUGUGGAAACUCCAUUCCUGGAACACAAACACCUCUUUAUCCAAGCACAGAGACCUGUAACUGUGGCAAUGACAUGUUGAAGAUCAUAGUUUCACCUGUAUACCUUUAAUAAUCAAUUUGCCGUAGUUUAUUUAUAUUUCUGUUCAGCCUCCUUUCAUUUAAUUACUAGCAUGGCCUUACAUUGGGUAAAUUUGGAUGUUUCUAUAGACCAUCAAAAAUGAAUGAGUAGUCAUUCACAAAAAUGUAGGAGUAGUCAUGCACUAUGUAACUGCAACAUGAUUGUGUACAUGUACACUUCAGCAUCUGAAGGAUAUUCUUUAUUGUAAUGAUUUUUCAUAGUGGAUCAUGGGCUAAUUCAUUCCUUACUGGAUAAUGUUGGAUCAUGACAUAAUUCCUGAUUUACAGGAUAAUGAACUACAUGACACUGUGACAUAUUUCUUGACUGUUUUGUGUUAUAUUAAAUCCAGGUAGAAAAGUAGAUAACAGCCAGGUCUUCACUGGAACUCAAAUGUUGUAUCUGAGCUCGAUUUAUCAAAGGAAAUAAGUGAUCAGUAUAUAUUAUUUUGAUGACUUCAUACAUGAGCAUAUUCCUCUUACAAAGUAACAGUUCAGAAUAUAAAUGUAUGAACUAAAGAUGCAACUAGAAGGAAACAAGUAUUUCAUUUUCUGACUGCUAGGCCUACUACUUUCAUUUUUUUACUGCCUUGUUAGUGUCAGUCCUUAUUUUUGUAUUGAUACAGGUGAUCUCUGUGUGGAUGUACAAGGACAUAGUUCCAUAACAUGGGUUUCCAUUUCCAAUUAGAAGUUUGAAUUUAUUUUUACUGUUUUGUACCAUUUAAACAUAUGCAUCUUUAGCCCUAUUGAAGUCUUGGGGAGCUUUUGCCAUUGACUUCAACAGGCUCAGGAUUUCACCCUUAAUUUAUACUAUUUUCAUGUUAUCUUUCCCCUCUUGAAAUGUUAUGAUAUAGAAGAGAAUGUGGCAUGCUCUUCUCUUGGAUCAUUUGAAAUAUACGCACCUAACAUUAUUUAAGAUUUAGGCAUGAAUUAUGAAGUCUCAGAUUUCAGUUGUUUUGCAAAUGUGUUAACAGUGUAGUCUAAGAGAAUUUUGUUACUCUACCUUUAUCUGUUUACUUGAAGAAAACUGCAGAAAAAUAAAAUUUCACUUUAGUUGUUUCUGUA